AUGAGCUCGUCGACAUCGCAGGGGUGCUUCCCAUCGAGUUCGUCACGCCAACGACCGCGGCCACCACGUCCACAACGCGGUGAUGAAGCCUACCAUCCUCCGAUCGGCUUCCUGCCCCCAAGCGAGAAGAAUACGCUGGCAGUUCCGUUUGCGCUCGCCUAUCUCAUGUGGAGCUCCACGUGCAAGUCCGACUGCUCUUCACGGCACGCUCACUCUAGCGGCCGCCCACACCACCACGGCCCCGUCUGUGCGCUCGGUCCGGCAGCGGAGCACGGCGAGAUUUUGGUCAACAUGAGUGCAGAGCUGCGCUGUAUCGGGACGUCGUUCAAGGCGUGCAUGCACCAGAUGCGAUACUUUGUCGUGUGGGAUACCGAGCAUCGGUGUGUGCGCAUCGACUCGAUGUGGAAUGCGGCCAUCGACGCCCAGCUGCGCGCCUACGGGUUCUAUGAAGAUGCAACCGGUCAGGUGCAGCCCGGUAUGCUCCCCAAGUGCGCGGAUAAACAGGCAGCCAUGGCAGCCCCAGCCAAAAACAAGCAGGAUUCAGCGGGCAAGUCAGAGACGGUGAGGAGUCGAGACAAGAAGCGCGAGCAGCUCCAGGCCGAGACUCUGCUUGCCGACUGCAGCCGCUUUGCUAGUACAGCCGAUGCGGAUGCGGCGGAGCGAACGCACAUGUCGAACAAGCAACCUCUCGCCCAAGUCCUCCGUGCCCUCAACCGGGCCGUCCUGGCCUUUGGCACACGCCACAGCGAUAACCUCAUCUACACCGAGCUCGCGGCGCUCGUUGCACUGCUCAACUACGCCGCGGCGUUCUACCACAUCUCGGCCGACGUGGUGGAGCAGCAUCUGCAGGACGACUACAGCCAAUCUCUGGUCGAGCACUACUUUUUCGCCGUCUGCUCGCCACGAUGGACAUCGAUCGAGGCCGAGGAAUAUGCUGCUGCACGCGAUGAGCGCACCAUCCCCACGCGCGCACGCCGACUGCGACAGCUCCAGGAAAUCGCCACGAGUUUCGUCCCCGACACGAUGGAGAUCCGAGACGGCGCACAGCUCGUACUACAUACAUUCGUCUGGAUCAACUAUACCGCUUUCCGCAGCGCGGACGAGGCAAUGGCGGCGACGUUGCAUUCGCUUAUUCCGCUGCUGCAGACGGUGGUGAUGCGAUGUGCCAAACAGGCCUAUGUGUUGCAGCGUCUCCUGUGCACCGCACCUCUCACGGACCAUGUCGAAUCCACCAACCCCCCAAGCCCCAUUGAGCUCCAGUGGGACCUCGUCAACCUCAGCUCGGUCCUCCAAAACCUGAGCGCGUCAGAGGUGCCGCUGUAUACAUCGUUCUACCGCGGUGUGGAGCGCGAGCGCAAACGCAAACCCAAACGACGACCGCACGUCGAAAACACCGUGCGUGCUCCGGCCAUGGCGCAUCUGUACAGCAUGUACGCCAUCGACGUCACGCUGCACACGCUGUGUGCGCUCGUCAGGGCUCUGGCCAAACAGACGCCCGAACGUUCGCCCCUCGCGCAUGCCAAGAGCGCGGUCUGCACAAAGGCGCAGCAUAACUGCCAUGCAGGCUGCACGCAUCCUGACGCCGCCAUGCUAGACGAUAUCGCCAUUCUGUCUGCAAAGCUCAGGCGCCUCGAACGCACACAGGUCAACUGGAAGCCAAUGCUCAGUCCCAAGAAGACGCGCACGAAGAAGGGCGCGGCGGGAGCCGAGAAUAAGGAGACCCUCGAAAGGAUCAAGACGGCGUUGUUCAGUAGGCUUGCGUACGGACGUGCUGGUGAUGGCACGAGCGGCGACCCCAAGGCUGGAGCGAAGCCGGUGCCAAAGGCGAUUCCAAAGCCGAUGUCCGAGCCGGUGUCCAAGUCGGGGGUGGCGCAGCCAGUCGUGUCCAAGCCGGCAGUAUCCGCGCCGGUCGUGUCCGCUUCAGUGAAGGACGGCAGUGGCAAGGCCACGGACACAAAGGCUGCGCUGGCCGCCCCUCCCGCGAAGGGCGACAUUCGUAGCGAAGUCAACCCGAAAGCCCCAGCAGCCCCUGCACCUGGUCAGGCCGACAGCAGCAAUUUCGCGAAGAAGGUGUUCGGACCGGAGCCACCUCCUCCGAUGCCGUUCGCGAUGAGCCGCAACAUCUCGGAGCUGAUCAAAGCCAUGGCGGAGCACGCGCUCGCGCAGCCGGACUACGACCCGCCUCCGCUCAGCGAGAUCGUCGACCUGCCCGCGAACCUCGCCACUUUGGGGGCGCUCAUGACGAGCCCCUCGUGGCAGCCUCCCGAAUGGAUGAACGAGUUCUGCGACCAGCUGAGCAAGAACGAAGCUGCCAGCCGCGGCAUCCUCGAGCUCGCCGGCCUGCGACCAGAGUAA